AUGGCCAACGCCCCGGACCGUUUCAACCUUUUCCUCCUCCAGCCGGGGGAGCGUCGUAUCGAGGUGCAGGAGGACAUGCGUAUUCCCAAUGCAGCCACAUUUUACUUUAAUAAGGAAGAUCAUACCCUGGGCAACAUGCUCCGACACGCAGUCCUCUCCCUCCCGGGUGUGCUGUUCUGUGGCUACAAGGUUCCUCACCCGCUCGAGCCGCGUGUCCUGGUGAAGAUCCAGACGGACGGCAGCCUCACCCCAGCCGAGGUCCUCCAGCAGGCAUGCACCAAGCUCAUCGUCAACAUCGGCACCCUCAAGCAGGGCUGGGCAAAAGAAGUGCGGCUCAGCGCCGACUCGGGCCGCAUGGAUGGCGGUGCGUACGGUGCACAGCUGUGGAACGCGUAUGGUGCGGCACCGGAUGCGGCACCGGACGCAGCCGACCCUGCCAUGGGCGGUUAUGUAGAUAUCUAG